AUGGAAUUGAAACAAAUGUGCGUGGUUUAUGUUAUAAAGUUGCUGUUGUUUCUGUUUGUUGUAGAAGAAUUUGUAGCAAAAUUUGUUAUCGUCAAGAAAAGUACAAAAGUAAAGCUUGUAUUAAAUGGAGUAAGACUAUUAACACUUUGCAGCUGGAAAAAAAGCACCCUUAUCAAGAAGCUAUUUAUGUCUGAUGGCAGUGUGCUAAAAGCACUAAAACGUUUCAAGUACAACUCUUGA